AUGACUUAUCUAAUUUACAUAUUGGCAAAAGAUUCUUCCCUUUCCUUAAUUCAUCGGCUUCAGCUUUUAAAAAAAUACGAUAUUGAAAACGAGCUAGGAAGAGGAGAAUUCGGGGUGACGUACAAAUGUUUUGAAAAAGAAACAGGGAUUGCGUAUGCAUGCAAGACUAUAUCGAAGGAGAAGCUGAGGACGGAGACAGAUAUAGAAGAUGUCAGAAGAGAGGUUGAGAUCAUGAUGCAUUUGCCUAAGCAUCCAAAUAUUGUGAGCUUCAAGGAGGCUUUUGAAGAUAAAGAAGCUGUUUAUCUUGUUAUGGAACUUUGCGAGGGUGGUGAACUCUUUGAUCGGAUUGUGGCUAAAGGUCAUUACACUGAACGUGCUGCGGCAAUGGUCACCAAGACCAUUUUGGAGAUUGUCAAGGUAUGCCAUGACCAUGGAGUAAUACACAGGGACUUAAAACCUGAAAAUUUCCUGUUCGCAGAUGCUGGAGAAAAAUCACAAUUGAAAUCAAUUGAUUUCGGCCUCUCCAUAUUCUUCGAGAGUGGUCAGCGUUUCGGUGAAAUAGUAGGAAGCCCAUAUUACAUGGCUCCAGAGGUGCUAAGACGAAAUUACGGAUCACAAAUUGAUGUCUGGAGCACAGGUGUCAUCCUUUUUAUCUUGCUUUGCGGAGUUCCUCCCUUUUGGGCUGAAACUGAGGAAGGGAUAGCACGCGCAAUUAUUGGGGGCAAAAUAGAUUUUACAAGGGAUCCUUGGCCUAGGGUUUCUGAACAAGCUAAGGAUCUAGUGAAGUGCAUGCUUGAUCAAAAUCCUUACACCCGAUUGACUGUUGAAGAAGCCCUUGAACACCCUUGGAUCCAAAAUGCGAGAGAUGUACCUAAUGUGAAUCUGGGAGAAAAUGUUAGGACAAGGAUCAAGCAAUUUUCUUUGAUGAACAAGUUCAAGAAGAAAGUUCUUAGAGUCGUAGCAGACAACUUACCACCUGAACAAGUAGAUGAGAUCAAGCAAAUGUUCUAUGUGAUGGACACUGACGAAACAGGAGACCUGAGUUUUGAGGAACUCAAAAAUGGUUUCCACAAUAUUGGACAUACCCUUCCUGAUCCUGACGUCCAGAUGUUGAUGGAUGCUGCGGAUAUAGAUGGAAAUGGCACAUUGAGCAUUGAGGAAUUUGUGGCAAUGUCUAUUCAUCUGAUAAAGAUUGGGAGCGAUGAGCAUCUCUUUCAAGCUUUUAGAUUCUUCGACAAAGACCUAAAUGGAUACAUUGAGUUUGACGAAUUGAAAGAUGCAAUGGUAAAUGACAACCUGGGUCCAAAUAAUGAACAGAUAAUCAAAGACAUCAUGUCCGACGUUGAUCUUGACAAGGAUGGUCGAAUCAGUUAUGAAGAAUUUAAGACAAUGAUGAAAAGUGGGAUGGACUGGAAAAUGGCUUCCCGUCAAUAUUCCAGAGCUAUGCUGAAUGCAUUCAGCACGAGAUUACUCAAAGACAAAUCCAUGCAGCUCCAGCUUAAUUGA